UGCGGGCGGCUGUUGCUGGCGUGGCGGUUGCUGGUCGCGCAGGGAACUUUAACACGCUGGAUCCCAAAGUCCGUCUCUCUCACCUGCGCAGUUCGGAGCUGCCAUGGAUUUCGCGGCCGGAUUUACUAUCCUAAUCACACUGCCGAUCUUUCUGCAGACGAACGGCCUUUAUACUUCCAGUAGCAUAGAUUCCCUGCAGCAUGUUCUGGGGGACUAUGGAUUGGUGAAGCCCGUUCUUACUGAUGCAGAAGGCUGCUUUCUGUCCCAUGCGGUCUCGGUUGGUCCAGCAGAUGGGCAGUUCCGUAGGCGCUGGAGAAGAGAGGCGGCAUCGGCCGACCACGCCCACCAUGAGUCCCGAGGAGGCACGCCUGAGCGACUGUACUACAACGUCACCGUCUUCGGCCGGGAGUUUCACCUGCGUCUGCAUCGCAACACGCGCCUGGUGGCCCCCGGAGCCAAGAUGGAGUGGCAGGAAUCCGACGGCACGCACUCCGAGCUUUUGAAGAGCGACUGCAUGUAUGUUGGCGACAUUACAGACAUACAGGGAGCCUCCGUAGCUAUUAGUAACUGCGACGGCCUGGCAGGGAUGAUCAGAACUGAGCAGGAGGAGUUUUUCAUUGAGCCAGUGGAAACGGGACAUCAUGUGAUUGAGCAGGAGGAAGAGGAUGGUGGCCGUUCUCACAUUGUGUACCGUUCUGCUGCCGUGAAGAAGCCUCCUGUUAGCCCACUAGCAGCAGAUUUCCACUCCAAAGGUGCUGAUUUGGGCAGACUUUUGGACCUUGAGACUCUGUAUCAGGGUGUUGAACGCAGUAUAAACCAGAGCCGACGAGCCCGCAGACAGCUGCCCGAUCGGGCCUACUACAUUGAGGUUUUGCUGGGGGUGGACGACUCCGUGGUGCAGUUUCACGGGCAGCAGAAUGUGGAGAAGUACCUCCUCACUCUUAUGAACAUCGUGAACGAGAUUUAUCAUGAUCAUUCUCUCGGGGCACUAAUAAACGUGGUGCUAGUUCGGAUUGUUUUGGUCGAUGCCAGAAAAUCCAUGAACCUCAUUGAGCUGGGCAAUCCUUCUCAGAGUCUGGAGAAUGUGUGUCGCUGGGCUUUCGAACAGCAGAGGAAGGACACUAAUGAUAAAGAUUACCAUGAUCACGCCAUCUUUCUCACACGUCAAGAGUUUGGACCCACAGGGAUGCAGGGUUACGCUCCUGUCACAGGCAUGUGUCAUCCCGUUCGGAGCUGCACUCUCAACCAUGAGGACGGUUUCUCAUCUGCUUUUGUCGUGGCGCAUGAAACCGGCCACGUGUUGGGGAUGGAGCAUGAUGGGCAGGGGAAUCGUUGUGGCGAUGAGGUGCAGAUGGGGAGCAUCAUGGCCCCACUGGUGCAGGCUGCUUUCCACCGCUUCCACUGGUCCCGCUGCAGUCAACAGGAACUGGGCCGCUACCUGCAUUCGUAUGAUUGUCUCCGUGACGACCCGAUCGAGCCCAAAUGGGAGGAGCUUCCGCACCUGCCUGGGAUGGAUUACUCCAUGCACGAACAAUGUCGCUUUGACUUUGGGGCCGGAUACAUGAUGUGCACAGCGCUGCAAAAGGUGGGGCCAGCAGGAGCCCAGUAUCGCCCGUUUGACCCCUGUAAGCAGCUUUGGUGUGCUCACCCAGACAACCCCUUCUUCUGCAAGACCAAAAAAGGUCCACCCAUUGAUGGCACUAUAUGCGGUGAUGGGAAGCACUGUUUUAAAGGCCACUGUAUGCAUCUGACUCCAGACAUCAUAAAAAAGGACGGAAACUGGGGGAUGUGGAGUGAGCUUGGUGCCUGCUCUCGCCCCUGUGGAAGGGGACUACAGUUUCGCACCCGAGCUUGUGACAAUCCGCUUCCAGCAAACGGUGGACGUUCUUGCGCCGGCCCAAGCUAUCAGUUCCAGAUGUGUAAUAUGCAUGAGUGUGAGGACCUGUACCAUGACUACCGAGCCGAGCAAUGUAGCAUGAUGGACAACAAGUUUGAGUACCAGAAUACCUGGCACCACUGGCUGCCUUAUGAACAUUCCGACCCUAAGCAACGCUGCAAAUUGUUCUGUCAAUCCAAAGAGACGCGAGCUGUAGUCAACAUGCAGACUCAGGUGGAACCUGGAACACACUGCUCCUACAAAGAUCCCUACAGUGUGUGUGUGUACGGAGACUGUGAGAAAGUGGGCUGUGAUAAUGUGGUAGGAUCAGCUCUUCAGGAAGAUAAGUGCGGCGUCUGCGGGGGAGACGGAACCAAGUGCAAGACUCACAAGUUUAACUUCACCUUUGUAGAGAAGAAAGGUGUCAUUAAAGUGCUUGAAGUUCCCAGAGGGGCAAGGCAUCUCUUAAUCCAGGAACUUAAUGGAACUACUCACAUUUUAGCUGUCAGGAAUAAAGCGUUGGGUGAUUUCUUUCUCAACGCAUAUGGAGACUACCCAGAGACACGCUCAGUUAUUGAAAAAGGUCUGGAAUGGGAGUAUGAAAAUAAAAACAACAAGGACACCAUUCAAACCAGCGGACCCUUGAAAAAUGAUGUUGUUGUCAUGAUCCGAAUGCAUGGAUCGGCCAAGUUGAAGGUGUCGAUAAAAUACAUCACUGACAGUGACAGACUGAGUGACUGUGCCAAUGAGAAUAACAUGGUCCCUGAUAAUGCGGUGCCAUACUCCUGGGUGGUGAAGCGAUGGACACCCUGUUCCAAGACCUGUGGAGGAGGUAUUCAGAUGACGCGUUAUGGCUGCCGUAAAAAUGCAGAGAUGAGGAUGGUCCAUCGCAGAUUCUGUGAGAAACUCAAGCAGCCUCCGCCCCUGUUUAGAGACUGUUACCUGAGCGAGUGUGCUCAGCCCAUCUGGGUGGCUGGAGAGUGGGGUGAAUGCAGUAAGUCUUGUGGGAAGACUGGCACUCAGACACGCUCUGUACGCUGCGUCCAGCCUCUAGCCGACGGCAAGAUCAAAUCCAUCCGCAGCCGUUACUGCAGUGACGAGCGCCCAGAGUCCCGCAGAGACUGCAAUCGCAACCUGUGCCCUGCUGAGUGGAGGCUGGGCCCCUGGUCACAGUGCUCAGUGACGUGUGGUAAUGGUACGCAGGAGAGGCAGGUGCUUUGUCACACCCGUGACAACACCAUUGGACUGUGUCUGGACUCCAAACCAGCUGCAUUAAGACCCUGCAGAAUGGAUCCCUGCCCAAGGAGUACUUCUGACUUCAACAAGCACGGCAACUUCCUGAUACAGUGGUUGUCGCGUCACGACCCCAAAUACCCUGUGCAGAGGAUGUCAAAACGUUGUCAUGGUGACCGUUCUGCAUUCUGUCGCAUGGAGGUUCUGCAGCAGUAUUGCUCCAUGCCGGGCUUCCAGCGCAUGUGCUGCAAGUCCUGCAAGGUUGGCAAUUCCACAAAGACUACUUUGCCACCAUCCAAAUCGAAAAUCACCACCAAAGGACGAUCCACCACAACCCAAAGUCCUACACGCACCACGUGGACCUCCACAGCAGCCUUUUUGCCGUCUAUGGAAGGGAAAAGUGCCACAUCUGUGAGCACGCCUUGGUUAUAUACAGCCUUGGCAACAUCAACUGAUACUCACAGAUAUACAACAGCUCCCUUUUAUCUAUAUACUACAACUCCUAUCUAUAAGCAUGCUACUCCAGAACAGAGCACAUCCUUUGCCAUUAAUACACCAUCUAGGAUCAUAUCUGCACCUGGAAAUUAUGUGACCGAAUUACCUGUUAGCACUGUUUCUGCAGCAACAAGGAUCUCAUCUGCACCUGGAAAAGACAUGGCAAACAGCACCAAAUUACCUGUCAGCACUGUUUUCCCCGUCAUUUUCAGUGAUCUGAAUGAUGUUACUCUCAAUCCCAGCACCACCGUCCAGUUUAAAGAGUUUGAUGGGAGUAAUGGUGCACCAGAUGUGGACAGCAGUGCGGUAUUGCCGUCAACAACAGUGAAUGGUGUGAAUGAAAGCGAAUUGACAACCUCUGGCAAUGUGGACAUCAGCAACCCAGUGACAGCAGAGGUGUUAACAACCACUAAAGAAAGUGCACCCCUGGUACCAACCUCUAUAUCUACAACUUCCAGUACACCACUGUCCAGUACAACAGCAUCCAACACAGAUAAGAUGAGCGGACGGCCAAAUAAAGUGGAAGAAGCGAGUGAGAGCAAUGCUAUUGAUAUACCAUAUCAAAUAAUCCCAUUGGACAACGAGUUUCCUGUGAAUAACAUCAUCGCCAGGAGAGGACGCGUGUUUCUGCGUGAGAAAACACGGAAUAAGCGCAUCCAAGAACUACUUGAGGAGAAGCGAAAAUUUUUGAGGCGGAUGAAAAGAGCACAGGGGAUUUGAACCCUGUCCAGUUUCUCUUAUAGAGAUACAGCUGCCAAAUGCAACUUUUGUAUCCAGAUUUCAUCUUGGUAUUUGGGUCAAGACCUGGAAAAUGGCCAAAAUAUUGCAGUGAACUGAUGCUUUUUCCCUCUUUUAAUAACAUGGCAAACUGAUCUUUGUGGAACAAAACCACUAGCAAGUGUUUGCACAGUUACUACGAACCUCAACAACGUCCUUUUAGGAGGUUUCACUGAAGGAUCUUCUAAUUCAAAGUGAUUUAUCAUUUUAAAGGCUUAGUUCAUCCAACCUCAUGUCUUUCCAAACCUGUAUGACUUUCUUCCUGCCAUGGAAAACAAACACAGAGAUUUAGCCAUUCUUUACACCAUUUUCCAUAUUAAAUAGGUGAAUGGUAGUGAGGAGCUGUGAAGCUCCAAAAAUGACAAUAAAACAUCAUACAAGUUAUCUUCGAAGUCUUCUGAAGCCAUGUGGUAUUUUGCGAGAAACAAGUAAUUUUUCACAGACAGCAUCAUGAAUCUUUAAAAUCACUCACAUUCCAGGAUAUUCAAAUAUGGUUCAUUAAGAUUUUUAUGGUACUUUUAUGGUUCUGUUUUGUCUAUUUUGAAAGCUUGACUGCUUCUUGUCCCCAUCCCCUUUCAUUUCAUGUUUGGGUGAUCUAAAAAUCAUAGAGAGUUAUCAUUUGCACAAAUCUGUGCUUCUCAACAUGUUUUUGCCCAAAUAUGCUCAAUGACUGAUAUAGAUGAUAGGCACAUACUGUAUUAUUUGUAAAUUAGCAUAGAUUUAUUUUUUCAGUUGGCACCAGUCUGAAAUGUUCAUGUUGGCUAGGGCAGCGGUCACCAAACUAAGUCCUGGAGGGCCGGUGUCCUGCAGAGUUUCUCCAACUCUGAUUAAACA